ACUUGUUGUUAACCGUGGCGGUACUUAGUUUUCUUUUGCACCAAAUGCAACAUUGCGAUGAUUGACUUUCUGAUUCGAAUUUCCUCUUGUGGCGCAACUUACAGAUGUUCUUUUCUUAGAUUCUUGGAAAGGUUGGUAAGCUCUUCCAAGGACAAGUUCUUGAGAGUAUGGGACCUUGAUACUCAGCACUGCGUGCAGAUCAUUAAUGGGCAUCAUACUGAAAUUUGGUCCGUAGAUGCCGACCCUGAAGAGAAAUAUCUGGUUACUGGAUCUGCAGAUCCAGAGCUUCUGUUUUACCCAAUUAAGCAUGAUUUGUCUGAUGAUAAACCUAUAACUAACACAAAUGAAGGAGUAGACAUUGCUGCUACCACUCAAAGCAAAUGAGAAUUCCUGAGGCCAUUUGGCGAAAUUCAAAGAAAGAGCAAGGAUAGGGUUGCUACUGUGAGGUUCAACCAAACAAGAAACAUACUGGCUUGUCAACAUGCUGGGAUGAGUCUGAAUCCAAACGUAAAGCGAAAACAAGAAUUAGUAGGGAGAAGAAAACAUUGAAAGAAAAUGGAGACUCAAAUAAUGUUGGAAUCAAUGGAGAAGGCAAGAACCUUGUUAUUAUUACUGCGUUUGAAGUUUUUAAGCUUUUACUUACACUGCGGGCUGGAAAGAAGAUAUGCUCAAUUGCUUUUAGUCCGGUUGCAUCGAAGGACACACUGGCUACUUUGGCAUUGUCUUUGAAUAAUAAUAAUUCAUUACAAUUUUAUGCAAUUGAUGAAAGUGGGGCAGCCAACAAAGGCAGUAGUAUUGAUCUCCAAGGGCAUCGGUCUGAUGUGAGAAGUGUUACUCUUAGUUCAGACAACACACUUCUAAUGUCGACAAGUCAUAGUCUGAUUUAGAUAUGGAACCCUAGCACUAGAUCUUGCCUCCAGACAAUAGCAUCGGGAUAUGGGUUGUGUGGCAUGUUUAUUCCUGGAAACAAAUAUGCAGUUGUUGGAGCAAAAGGAGGAACUUUAGAGAUCCUUGAUGUUAGGAGUGUUACUUGCAUUAAUGUGGUGGAAGUUCAUGGUGGAUCGGUUCACUCCAUUGCUGCAACUCCAGAUGGAACUGGUGGUUUUAUUACUGGGAGUGCUGAUAAUGACAUCUUUCAGCAUCAAGUCCUGGGAGUUAAAGUUAAACCAAAAGUCUGGCCAGGUAUUUUUCAUGGAUUCUCUCAAUCUUUUCCUGUCAUUGAAUGGCCACAAACUGCCUGUUCUAUAUAUGGAUGUUUCAUCAGAUGGAGAUAUGCUUGUUAGUGGCUCUGCUGACAAAAAUUUGAAGAUUUGGGGACAAGUGAAAAAGAUAAAAAGGAAAAGGCGAGCAAAGGAAAUGAAAAGGAUCAAAAUCUCCAUUUAGCAGUGUGAAACUCUGUUUGAAACAUUAUGGAGGUGCCAGGUUGAGUAGCAAAGCUGUGACACUAGCUCCAUGUGGAAAGCUAGGAACGAGCAUAUCUUUGCACAAAAUGCAGCCAUUGUCCAAGGAGUAUUUUUGCAGAUUCACAAAUGGCUUAUAGGGUACUAUUUAGACUUUAUCCUAUAACUAUGAUUAAUUUUUGAACUCUAGGAGAUUUAUGGCUUUGAAACCUUGAAGACUGAUUUCCAAUACCCUGAUAUAUCUAGAAUUCUCUUGGCAAAGGUUGUCUCCAUAAGAUGAUGUACAAUUACACUUUUGCUGUUAAUAUGUUUUUACCAUUCAUAAAA